AUGUCUUCAAAAAGAUCGAAACCUUUGUCCUUGCAUGAAAUAUUGAUUGAACUGGAAAAUAGCAAUGAUCCGGUCCCAGAAUACAUUGCAUUUGAACCACCUGACAACGCAAAUACCAUUGUUACUGAUGAAGAUUCUGGAGAUGAGGACAAUAUUACCAUACAUAACCUACCUGGUUCUAUAUUACGGGCACCUGCAAAGGCUGUGUAUACUAAUUGCACUACUUCUGAUUCGGAGAAUGAAGAUGACAUUCCUUUGGCGAGUUUACAGAAGAGGCCUCGCACUGAAGUACAACAACCUUUGCCAUCUACAUCUACCAGCAAUACAUCAUCAAAUGAGGAUGUUACUCUGAUUCGUCCUACAUCUGUGGAGAAUAAAACCUAUCACUGGAGAAAUCGACAUACUGCAAAUGAGUUUCAGAGUUUUCAGCCGUUGGAAGGACCCAAAAAUGAGUUACGCCCUCCUAUAAACUAUUUUGACCAAUUGUUCAAUGAUACGACUAUAAACUUGUUAGUAGAAUACACAAAUCUAUAUGCUACGCAGAAAAAUAAAGCAGGUAAUAUAACAUUCAGUGAAAUGAAAUGCUUCAUCGGAAUACUUCUUUAUAGCGGAUAUGUGUCUUUACCAAGACGUCGUAUGUAUUGGGAGAACUCAACAGACUGUGAAUUUUCUCUUGUGAAUAGAUCACUAUCUCGGGACAGAUUUACUUAUAUCUUGAACCAUUUGCACUGUUGUGACAACUCCUUGAUUCAGACUCAGACUGACAAAUUUGCUAAGAUGAGACCUCUAUUUCGUUUACUCAAUACUAUUUUUCAAGAAAAUGCACCUGCUGAAGAGAUGCAUAGUAUCGACGAGGCUAUGAUUCCAUAUUACGGCGGUCACAGUUGUAAACAAUUUAUUAGGGGUAAACCCAUUAGAUGGGGAUACAAGUAUUGGGUUGGGGCUACAAGACUAGGCUAUGUGAUUUGGUUUGACCCUUACCAAGGAAAGUCUGCUCAGUUACCAUCUAUUUAUAAGAAAUUUGGACUAGGUGGUAGUGUUAUUUUGCAGUAUGCAAAUGUCCUUCAGACAAUGUACCCCGACAAUGUUUAUCAUCUUUUCUUUGAUAAUUAUUUCACCUCGAUCCCGCUUUUACACGAAUUGAAAAACAGAAAUCUGAAAGCAACUGGCACGGUUCGUGAAAAUCGUACCUCAAAAUGUCCUUUGCCCACUAACCAGGAUUUCAAGAAAACUGAUCGCGGUAGUUUUGCCUUCAAGGCAAGCUUAGAGGAACAGAUACUUGUUUGCAAGUGGAACGACAACAGUGUUGUGACUGUUGCCUCAAAUGCCGAGUCUAUUGAGCCGUUGCAAACAACAAAGCGUUUCUCCCAAAAUUUGAAAAAGUACAUCAACAUUGACCAACCACACAUUAUCAAAUUAUAUAAUGAAAAUAUGGGAGGCGUUGAUCGUUCAGAUCAGAAUAUAGGCCUAUACCGAACCUGCAUCAGAGAAUAA